UUAAUAUGCACAAUUUGUUGUCAAUUUGGUUGCUUUGUUCGUCUCAAUCUUGAGUGAUUCUCUUAUUUUAUUCCCUAAUAGUUGGAGAUUUUUGCUUUACUCUACUCACUGUUGAGUUCUUUGAUUAUUCAUUUAUUUACCUUAGUUAUUUUAGAAUUUAAUAGCAUGAGUUUUGAUAGUUCUUUCAUAUUAUCAAGUGGAGUACUUGGAUAUUACCACAAUUUAUAGUCUUGGGUACUAAUAAGAGGAUUUUUAGAGUUCUGGGCUUCCAUGCGUUAGUGGGAUGUAUCGGUCAAAAGUUUGGACUUAUGGAUUAUUUAUUGUUGCAUGGUUGUGUCAUUCUUUGCAUCUCAUUUUUCAAACUUCAAAUUGUAUUCUCUGGUUAAUAAUCAAUUGCAGCUUAUAUUGUCUACUUGCAUUGUUCUGGUUUUUCAACAUUUUAGUCUUCUUAUUCUAGUAUCUGCUACUGAUAGAUACCUCUCUCUCUCUAUUGGGUCAAACCUAAUAUGCACAAUUUUUGUCAAUUUGGUUGCUUUGUUUUGUCUCAAUCUUGAGUGAUUCUCUCAUAUUAUUCCCUAAUAGUUGGAGAUUUUUGCUCUACUUCACUCACUGUUGAGUUCUUUGAUUAUUCAUUUAUUUACCUUAGUUAUUUUAGAAUUUAAUAGCAUGAGUUUUGAUAGUUCUUUCAUAUUAUCAGGUGGAGUACUUGGAUAUUACCACAAUUUAUAGUCUUGGGUAAUAAUAAGAGGAUUUUUAGAGUCCUCGGCUUCCAUGUGUUAGUGGGAUGUAUCAGUCAAAAGCUUGGACGUUUGGAUUAUUUAUUGUUGCAUGGUUGUGUCAUUCUUUGCUUCUCAUCGGAGCUCAGAAUCCGAUUACCAACCCCGAAGAAGUGAGGGCUUUGAGGGCCAUCAAGAGCAGUUUGAUAGAUCCUAAUGGGAAUCUGAGUAAUUGGGAUCAAGGAGACCCAUGUACAUCAAUUUGGACAGCGGUUUUUUGCUACAAUACAACAUUAGACGAUGGAUAUCUACAUGUUCAACGAUUGGUAAUACUGCAUAUGAAUUUGUCUGGAACUUUAUCACCAGAGCUUGGCCGCUUAUUAAAUUUGAAAAUAUUGGAUUUUAUGUGGAACAACAUCAGUGGGAGUAUACCAAAGGAGAUAGGCAGUAUUACCUCUUUGGAACUCUUGCUUUUGAAUGGAAACCAAUUAACAGGUCCCUUACCAGAAGAGCUUGGUUAUCUUCCAAACAUGGACAGAAUACAAAUUGACCAAAACCAAAUAUCGGGGCCACUACCUAAAUCAUUUGCAAACUUGAAUAAAACGAAGCACUUUCACAUGAACAACAAUUCGAUCAGUGGGCAAAUCCCGCCUGAGUUAUCCAGAUUACCAAGUCUUGUUCACUUGCUUCUCGAUAAUAACAACUUAUCAGGAUAUCUUCCAGAAGAGUUCUUCAAACUGCCAAAUUUACGGAUACUGUAUGGUUUCCUUAUGAAAUUAUCAGCUUCACUCUACUGGGCUUCCAUAAAGAUGUUUGUGCUCAUAGUUCUUACCAAUGUCACAGAUGGUGCCAACUCUCCAAGUUCUGGUUUAAGCAAAGGUGCACUGGCUGGCCUAGUACUGGGAACCAUUGCAGGUGCAGUUACAUUGUCUGCAGUUGUUAUUCUUCUGAUAAUGAGAAUGCAUGUGGGGAAUUACCAUUCACUUCCAAGAAGACAUCAUUUGUCUACACGCUCCAUAAAAAUUGUUGGGUUGAAGGAUUUCACUUAUAGAGAAAUGGCCGUAGCUACAAACAACUUUGAAAAGUCCACACAGAUUGGAGAAGGAGGGUAUGGUAAGGUUUAUAAAGGCAUUCUAGCUGAUGGUACAGUUGUGGCCAUAAAACGUGCACAAGAGGGAUCCUUACAGGGUGUAAAGGAGUUCUUGACAGAGAUAGAAUUUUUGUCAAGGUUACAUCAUCAAAACCUUGUGUCUUUGAUUGGAUAUUGUGAUGAAGAAGGUGAACAGAUGUUGGUCUAUGAGUUUAUGUCAAAUGGUACUUUAAGGGAUCACCUUUUUGCUAAGUGUAAAGAACCUCUGAGUUUUACAAUGAGAUUGAGAAUUGCCCUGGGAUUGGCCAAGGGCAUCCUCUAUCUACAUACUGAAGCCAAUCCUUCUAUAUUUCACCGAGAUAUCAAGGCUAGCAACAUAUUAUUGGACUCUAAGUAUAUGGCAAAAGUUGCUGAUUUUGGACUUUCACAACUUGCACUAGUUCCAGAUAUUGAAGGGACAGUGCCUGCUCAUGUAUCCACUGUUGUGAAGGGGACGCCGGGUUACCUUGAUCCAGAGUAUAUCUUAACUCGUAAACUAACAGACAAGAGUGAUGUUUAUAGCCUUGGUGUUGUAUUUCUUGAACUGUUGACUGGGAAGCAGCCAAUCUCUCAUGGCAAAAACAUUGUUAGAGAGGUUAAUGUUGAGUGUAAAUCUGGUAUGAUCUUUUCGGUCAUUGAUGGGCGAAUGGGAUCUUAUCCUCCUGAAUGUGUGGUGAAAUUUUUAAAUUUGGCUCUCAAGUGUUGUGAAGAUGAGACAGAUGCUAGACCUUCAAUGGCAGAGGUGGAUCGAGAACUUGAAAGUAUAUGGCAUCUGAUGUCUGAUUCUUACAUUAGAUCAGCAGGUCCUAUGGUGACUAAUGCUGAAAAGGACGCGACUCCACUAUCAUCAUCCUCCAUAGUGAAGGAUUCUUAUGUGUCGUCAGAGAUAUCUGCCAUUGAACUUGUUAGUGGAGUCAUUCCAUCCACUACACUUUGAUAAAAAACUUUUCGAAAAUAAUGGUGUAUAAGAACUUGAGAUGUUAUGAUCUUGAAAUUUUGAAUUGGGAAAUGGUAUUUACAAUCAUCUUGGUUGUU